AUGUAUCAACCAUCUAGCGAGGUCACCCCUCUGGGGCACCCUGUUUCUGUUCAUGCGAAGCAAGCAGAAUACAAAGACCUCUUUAAAGCCGCAGAAACUGGAGAUUCAUCAAUAUUUCAAUCACUUUCACAGCAACACCUCUCCAAAUCUCUGUCUUUAAAAAACGAAGAUGGCCGCUCCCUCCUCCACGUCGCCGUCUCCUCCAGUCACCCCGAGAUGAUGAAAAUACUGUCAAAUGUUGAUGAAGAAGGGUGGGCUCCCAUUCAUUCGGCUGCUAGCAUUGGAGCUGAUGUUAAUGUGAAGAAUGAUAGUGCGCGAAGUGCUCUUCAUUAUGCUGCCAGCAAGGGCUGGUUGAAGAUCGCUGAACCUCUAAUCUCGCACAGUGCAAAAAUUAAUUCAAAGGACACGGCUUUUAACUUCUCAUACGAGUUUGUCGGUGAAACCCCAUUGCAUAGAGGAGCUCGCUUAGAGUAUUCAGUGUUGUGUGAACUCUCAAUGGGGAAAGGGGCAGAGGUUGAUGCCACUGAUAAGGCUGGUCAAACAAUGUUGUGGUAUUGUUCCCAGAGUUCCACUUAA